AUGGUGAACAAUUCUGGCUCAAUUGCUACAGAUCCUCUUGGUCGUUCGCGCGCUGAAAUUGGUUUUGAGGUGAGCCUGGCCAUUCUCUUUUGCCUUGCCUGUCUACCUGGAAAUCUACUGGUUAUUUAUGUGAUUAAUAAAGACUCCAGGCUCAAGAGUAUCACCACCAUUUUCAUCCACAAUCUGGCACUAACUGACAUAUCCAUGGCAACGCUUCACAUGCCAUUUUGGAUCGUGAGCCUCUAUACUGGUUCCUGGAAUUUCAGCCAACAGUGGUGCGAGAUAUCUGCAUUAAUACAAUGUACAAUGGGUAUGGCGUCUAUUCUGAAUAUGGGCAUAAUUGCACUGAAUCGUUAUAUAAGAGUUGUAAAACCAGCUCUUUAUAGGAGACUAUUUCCCAGCAAGAGAAAUGCUUGGUUUUUUUGCGCUCUCGUUUGGUUGGUUGCUUUUUUUUUUAGCACAGCUCCUUUGAACGGAUGGGGAAAGUUUGACUAUCACAAGAAAUUCUCUAUAUGCUCUUUAAUUUGGAAAGAACAUAUUUCGUAUGUUAUAGUGGUCGUCGGGGGGGUUUUAAACGGUUGUACAAUCGCAAUAUUUUAUUGCUAUUAUAAAAUCUACCAAACAGUGAAACAAAGCUCGCUAAAUAUAAACGCCCACAGUGAAGGAAAUCAGUGUGUCAAUGCUCGCCGUACGGACAUAAAAUUGUUGAAGGCAAGUUUUACUGUGGUUUGUGUUUUUGUGAUGACCUGGGGUCCAGUUUCCAUUGUGGUUCUUUUUGAGAUAGCUGGGUUUGAUAUCCCGAGGGAAAUCUCCGCCACAGUAAUUUUCUUGAUGUUCUCGAGUAGUUAUGUAAAUCCGAUUAUCUAUGGGAUAAUGAAUCCACAGUUACAACUGGCCUUCAAAAGAGCACUGAGUUGUGGUCGCUAUGGCAACGAUAAUGUAAACCAGAACUGUACAGGAAAUGGAGCAAGCAAACGCACGACGAAUGAUGAAAUAAUGUAA